AUGACGCCUGACGUGGAGAGCGGUAGCAGUGAAGAUGAUAGCCAGCAGUCAGAUAAUGAAGAACAAGAAGAGAAGCAACCAGAAGAAUCAGACAACACGACGUUCAAAGAUUUGGGUGUAGUAGAUGUACUCUGUGAAGCGUGUGAAGAACUAAAAUGGAAGAAACCUUCUGCAAUUCAAAAAGAAUCAAUACCAGUGGCAUUGCAAGGGAAAGAUAUUAUUGGGUUGGCCGAGACUGGUUCUGGAAAAACCGGUGCCUUUGCCCUCCCUAUACUACAAGCCCUGUUAGAGAACCCUCAACGAUACUUCGCAUUAAUAUUGACUCCAACGAGAGAAUUGGCUUUCCAGAUAUCAGAACAGUUUGAGGCACUUGGUGCAAGUAUCGGAGUGAAAUGUGCAGUAAUAGUAGGAGGCAUGGACAUGGUGGCGCAGGCUCUCAUGCUAUCCAAGAAGCCACAUAUCAUCAUAGCUACACCUGGACGCCUGGUCGAUCAUCUCGAGAAUACUAAGGGUUUCAAUUUGAAGGCUCUGAAGUUCUUGGUGAUGGACGAAGCAGAUCGCAUCCUGAACAUGGAUUUCGAAGUGGAAGUGGACAAGAUACUCCGCGUGAUUCCUCGGGAGCGACGCACGUACCUCUUCUCUGCUACUAUGACCAAGAAGGUGCAGAAGUUACAGCGGGCCUCCUUGCAGGACCCUGUGAAAGUUGAGGUCUCCACCAAGUACCAAACAGUUGAGAAGCUGCUGCAGUACUAUCUCUUCAUACCUGUGAAAUAUAAGGACGUAUACCUAGUCCACAUUCUAAACGAGAUGUCUGGCAACUCGUUCAUCGUGUUCGUGGCGACGUGCGCGGGCGCGCUGCGCACUGCGCUGUUACUGCGCAACCUCGGGCUGGCCGCAGUGCCCCUGCACGGACAGAUGUCGCAGAACAAACGUCUCGCUGCUCUCAACAAGUUCAAGAACAAAAGUCGCUCCGUCCUUAUAUGUACUGAUGUCGCUUCAAGAGGUCUGGACAUUCCCCACGUGGACGUGGUGAUCAACCUGGACAUACCGCUGCACAGCAAGGACUACAUACAUCGCGUCGGACGCACCGCUCGAGCGGGACGCUCCGGCAAAGCCAUCACUUUUGUGUCACAGUAUGACGUUGAGUUGUACCAGCGCAUCGAGCAGUUGAUAGGCAAGCAGCUUCCGCUGUACAAAACGGAGGAGAGCGAGGUCAUGGUGCUGCAGGAGAGGGUCGCAGAGGCACAGCGACUCACUAAGAUUGAAAUGAAAGAGUUAGAAGACAAGAAGAGCAGUAAAGGCAAGAAGCGCGGCGCUGACUCUGACGACGAUACGGAGGAGGCGGCCGGAGUGCGAAGACGUAUCAAGGGGAAGCCAAACAAUAAGAUCAAACAUGGCGGCAAGAAGAGAAAACGUUAA